AUGAGAAUUUUAGGACCUCAUUAAUUUUUCUCAAGGACAAAAUCAAUACUGCUAUUGAUACGUUAAACUUUUUCAUCACAUGAAUUAGGAAAUGAUGUCUUUCAGUCAACGAAUAAAACAUGCACCUCUUUGAUUCAACAAAGCUUGGUCUCUUUUCCAGUCUUUCAAACUCAUCCUCUUUAAUGUAUUCAGGUGCUAGUUUUCUCCUUAAUCCCAUUUUCCUGCGUGGGUUUUCUGGUUCAUUGCACCUAGUUUUGUUACUUGCCUUAGUCGUCUCAUAUGCGUGGAAGAAACUCAUGAGGGGUGAUGGUGGUGAGGGUUCUGGAGAGAGGUUUAGGAACAACAAGAGGUUUCUGUGUUCUAAGCAAACUCUUUUAUGUUGUUUAGGUGUUUCAGUGUUUAAUCUUUUCUUGUGUUUGCUGAGCUACUUUUAUUGGUAUAAAAAUGGAUGGUCUGAUGAUAAACUAGUGAACCUUUUUGAUUCAGUGCUUAGAACAUUCUCUUGGGGUGCACUUUCUGUCUAUUUGUAUACCCUUAAUUCAGGUGAGAAAAGGUUCUCAUUUUUAUUGAGAGUUUGGUGGGUUUUUUAUUUCUCAAUUUCUUGUUAUUGUCUUGUUGUAGAUUUUCUUUUUUAUCACAAACAUGAGUCCUCAGAGGUACGGUAUUUAGUAUCUGAUAUAGUCUCUGUGUUCACUGCUUUGUUUCUUUGUUAUGUUGGGUUCUUGAGACAUGAGACUAAGGAUAGCCUUCUCGAGCAACCCUUUAUGAAUGUUGAUAUUUCUAGCGACACAAGUAAUACUCCUACUUUGGAAUCAAAUAAGUCAAGGGGGGGUGAUGCUGUGACGACUUAUGCAAAUGCUGGUCCUUUCAGUAUUCUUACCUUCUACUGGAUGAAUUCUCUAAUUGCUUUUGGCAAUAAGAAGACUUUGGACCUUGAGGAUGUUCCUCAACUAGACAGUCUUGAUAGUGUGUUUAGAGGAUUCCCAGCUUUUAGAAAUAAGCUCGAGUCACAUAAUGGUGCUUCUAGUAGAGUUACCCCUUUCAAGCUCGCCAAGACAUUGUUCUUGUCAGCUUGGAAGGAAAUUCUAUGGACAGCUUUGUUGGCAAUAAUAUACACCUCAGCUUCCUAUGUUGGUCCAUACCUUAUCGACGCUUUUGUUCAAUGCCUUGAUGGACGAGGAGAAUACAAAAAUCAGGGAUAUAUUUUAGCUUCAACCUUUUUCGUUGCAAAGCUUGUAGAGUGCAUCUCACAGAGGCACUGGUUCUUUAGGUUGCAACAAAUAGGAUUUAGGCACCGUGCAGUAACAACCACAAUGAUUUACAACAAAGGUUUGACCCUCUCCAAUCAGUCAAAGCAGGGCCAAACUAGUGGUGAAAUCAUCAAUAUCAUGACUGUUGAUGCAGACAGAAUUGGUGAGUUUAGUUGGUACAUGCACGAUCCAUGGUUGAUCCUAUUGCAAGUUGGUUUGGCCUUAUUGAUACUGUACCAAAAUUUGGGGCUUGCAUCAGUUGCUGCUUUUGUUGCAACAAUAGUUGUCAUGUUGAUAAACUAUCCUCUGGGUAGAUUACAAGAAACGUUUCAAGACAAGUUAAUGGACUCAAAAGAUAAAAGAAUGAGGGCAACCACAGAGAUUUUAAGGAAUAUGAGAAUUCUUAAGCUUCAGGGGUGGGAAAUGAAGUUUCUGUCUAAGAUUCUUGAACUCAGAGACGUAGAGACAGGAUGGUUGAAGAAAUAUGUUUAUAAUUCGGCAAUGGUCAUGUCUGUCUUCUGGCUAGCUCCUACUCUUGUGGCUGUGGCCACUUUUGGUGCUUGUAUGCUUAUAGGCAUCCCACUUGAAUCAGGGAAAAUCUUAUCUGCACUUGCAACUUUCAGGGUCCUUCAAAUGCCAAUCUAUAGUCUUCCUGAUACACUUUCUAUGACAGUUCAGACCAAGGUUUCUCUUGACCGAAUUGCCUCUUUCCUUUGUCUGGAUGACUUGCAGACUGAUGUUUUGGAGAUGCAACCAAUUGGAACCUCUGAUACAGCAAUUGAGAUUGCUGAUGGAAAUUUCUCCUGGGAUUUGUCUUCACCUAGUGCAACAUUAAAGGAUGUUAACGUCAGAGUGCUCCAUGGCAUGAGAGUUGCCGUUUGCGGAACAGUUGGUUCAGGCAAGUCAAGCUUACUUUCCUGCGUUUUGGGGGAACUGCACAAGAUCUCAGGGACUCUCAAGUUAUGUGGGACAAAGGCCUAUGUUGCCCAGUCUGCCUGGAUACAGAGUGGCAAGAUUGAAGAGAACAUAUUGUUUGGUAAGGAGAUGGACAGAGAAAGAUAUGAAAGGAUACUGGAGGCAUGUUCCCUGAAGAAGGACCUUGAAAUUAUGUCAUUUGGUGAUCAAACAGUUAUUGGUGAGAGGGGAAUCAACUUAAGCGGUGGUCAGAAGCAGAGAAUUCAGAUAGCACGGGCUCUGUACCAAGACGCUGAUAUCUAUCUAUUUGAUGACCCUUUCAGUGCUGUGGAUGCUCAUACAGGAUCUCAUUUAUUUAAGGAAGUUUUACUUGGUCUUUUGAGUUCUAAAACAGUUAUUUAUGUUACUCAUCAAGUUGAAUUCUUACCUGCGGCUGAUCUUAUCUUGGUAAUGAAAGAUGGAAAGAUUGCACAAGCGGGUAAAUAUGAUGACAUUCUCUGUUCAGGAUCUGACUUUAUGGAACUUGUAGGUGCCCACGAGGCAGCUUUAUCAGUGCUUGAUUCCAAGCAGAAAGGACCGGCAUCAGAUACUGAUGGGAUUGUGCAGAAACAAGGAAAAAACGAUUAUGAAAAUGGUAAAUCAGAUAAGGUAGCUGAGCCAAAAGCACAGAUCAUUCAAGAAGAAGAAAGAGAGACGGGUAGUGUUGGAUUUCCUAUCUACUGGAACUAUAUCACAACAGCAUAUGGAGGAGGUCUUGUGCCCUUUAUAUUAUUGGCACAGAUUCUCUUUCAGGUCCUUCAAAUUAGUAGCAACUACUGGAUGGCAUGGGCAGCUCCUGUGUCAAAGGAUGUUAAACCUGUUGUCAGUGGAUCUACAUUAAUAAUCGUCUAUGUCUUGUUCGCUAUUGGAAGUUCGAUUUGCAUUUUAGCUAGAGCCACGCUUCAUGCAACAGCAGGGUACAAAACUGCAACUCUACUCUUCAAUAAAAUGCAUCUGUGCAUAUUUCGUGCUCCCAUGUCCUUUUUCGAUGCUACCCCUAGUGGACGAAUUAUAAAUAGAGUUUCUACGGAUCAAAGUGCAGUUGAAAAUCGAAUUCCAUAUCUAAUUGGGGCACUUGCCUUCUCAGUUAUCCAGCUUCUAGGAAUCAUUGCAGUGAUGUCACAGGUAGCAUGGCAAGUUUUUAUCGUUUUCAUCCCUGUGAUUGCUGCCUGCAUCUGGUAUCAGAGAUAUUACAUAUCUUCUGCAAGAGAGCUUUCACGUUUGGUUGGAGUAUGCAAAGCUCCAGUUAUACAACAUUUUGCUGAAACAAUUUCGGGAGCAACAACUAUCAGGAGCUUCGAUCAGCAAUCAAGAUUCCAAGAAACAAAUAUGAAAGUUACAGAUGCGUAUUCUCGGCCCAAAUUUCACAUUGCUGGUGCAAGGGAGUGGCUUUGCUUCCGCCUGGAUAUGUUCUCUUCUGUUACUUUUGCUUUCUCUUUGGCUUUCUUAGUCUCCUUCCGAAGCAAUAUUGAUCCAGCCAUUGCAGGCUUGGCUGUGACAUAUGGACUCAACCUAAACAUGUUACAAGCUUCAGUGAUAUGGAAUUUAUGUGAUUGUGAGAACAAAAUCAUAUCUGUAGAGAGAAUUAUUCAAUACAUGUCUAUUCCUAGUGAGCCGCCUCUUUUAGUAGAAGCAAACAGGCCAGGCCGUUCUUGGCCAUCCCAUGGUGAAGUUGAUAUCAACAAUCUGCAGGUCCGUUAUGCUCCACAACUGCCACUUGUGCUACGCGGUAUUACAUGCACCUUUCCAGGGGGAAAGAAAACUGGUAUUGUAGGGAGAACAGGCAGUGGAAAAUCAACUCUCAUACAGACUCUUUUUCGUAUUGUCAAACCUGCUGCUGGUCAGAUUAUGAUUGAUGGACUUGAUAUCUCAUCGAUUGGACUGCAUGAUUUAAGGUCAAGACUAAGCAUUAUUCCUCAGGAUCCAACCAUGUUUGAAGGGACUAUACGAAGUAAUCUGGACCCACUUGAAGAGCACACUGAUGAACUGAUCUGGGAGGCUCUUGACAAGUGCCAACUUGGAGACGAAGUUAGGAAGAAAGAAAGAAAGCUAGACUCCACAGUCAACGAGAACGGAGAGAACUGGAGUAUGGGUCAGAGGCAGCUAGUUUGUCUUGGGCGUGUGCUACUCAAGAAAAGUAAGGUGUUAGUCCUUGAUGAAGCUACUGCUUCGGUUGACACAUCCACCGAUAAUCUUAUCCAGCAAACCCUCAGGCAACACUUCUCUGACUGUACAGUUAUAACCAUUGCACAUCGGAUAACUUCUGUUCUUGACAGUGACAUGGUUUUGCUUCUGAGUCACGGGCUCGUUAUGGAAUAUGAUUCUCCAACAAGAUUGUUAGAAAACAAGUCAUCAUCUUUCGCACAACUUGUUGCAGAGUACACAAUCAGGUCAAAUGCCAAUUGAUUAUGUUAAAUCCAAUAUGUUCAGGAAUAGAGUUUUUUUUUGAGUGUUUUGAUAGUGGAUAAUCAUACAACAAUAUUCUUUCUUUUUGAAUGGAUAGAAUAGAUAGUUUGUGGUAAAAAUGUCAGUUCCUGCAAAACAAUUUCUUUUGUGGGGUUUAGAGACCUCUCGAUGAUUAAGUCAAUGACUUUUUAAUAAGAAAUUGUAAAAAAUAAAAAACUAAACAUUAAAUUCUAGGAACCAGAGUGUAUUUUCUUGGUUUUUUGUAUGAUAAA